AUGAAAAUUGAUUGCGUAAGAAAAACAAUAUCGUCCAUUUUUCGCAAAUUAGGAAGAAUCAUCGGUCUUCAUCCCUACUACUUUAUCCUUUUACCUGUUUUAAUAACAUCAACAUUUUCAGCUUUCGUCUUUAACAUAAACACCUCCGAAAACGUCACUAAAUUGUCAUUCGCAGAUUCAGGAAUAGUCUUUAAUACUAAGAAGUUUAUUGACAAAACAUUUCCUUUUAAUUCAUCCAUAUUGCUUGACCCGACAACCUUUACGACUAUUCCGAAAUGCGUGUUUGUGGUGUUUACAAAGAAAGAUGGCGGAAACAUGCUACAAAGAGAUGUGCUGCUAGAAAUUAGUCGGGUGGAUAAAUUAAUUAAGAAUAUAACAAUUAAUGACGCUGAAAAAGAAAUUGGAUAUUCGGAUCUCUGUGGACGUGUGAACCAAAAAUGCUUUGAAAAUCCCAUCAUAGAAAUCUUACCAGAAAUUGAUAAUAUAGUGCAGAAGAAGAAGCGAUUGAAGUAUCCAUUUGAUAUUGAUCCGUUGACAUACUCUUAUAAAAUUUAUUCUAUCAACUUCGGAGAUGUCAUCGAAGAUGAGGAUGAUGUUGUUCAAACAGUAAGUGCUAUGAGAUUAAUGUAUUUUACGGACGAAAAAUAUAUUGUAGUUAGCUAA